AAUAAAGACACAUCCACGACGUUGGAUCUGGCAUACUGAAAUUAGAGAAGCACAAAUGAAAGAGAGAAAAAGACAAAUAAAGAAAGCAGGAGAUAAUAGAGGUGUCCAAACGUGGGUAGGGGCCAUAGCAACAGGCAACACCCAGAAGAAGCUCUUGAGAUCGAUUUCCCGUUUACGAGCUCCCAAGACAUUGGAUUUUCAGCUGAGAUUGCUGCUUUAACAUGAUGACCGAUUUGUGUUGAUAGUGAUCUUGGAGUAUUACCCACCUUAACAUCAACCUUAGACCACCACUAUGUGGAACUUUGCAUCCAAUUGUGUAGCUGGAAAUAUAGGGCUAAAGAAUGACUCUCUGAAGCGUACUCAGCAUUCAGCAGAUAUCUCAGACGAUGAAACCUCUUCAACCAAAUGUUAUUUAUGUUGAAAUUAAAUGACUAAAAAGAAGUUGAACAAUGAGUUAUAACUCAAUAUGUUCAACUAGAUUCAAAUUUUAUUUUCUUAUAGCUUGUUAUAUUAUUUUUACUAUGACUUUAUAUCUAACAUAUCAAAAGUUACUUUUUUAAAAAGAUUUUGACAAAUUCUCUUAUCUGUCAACUUAAUUAGCCGGACUAGUAGAUAGAUUAACUUUACGCUUUGUCCAAAUUUAUUCACCAUGAAAUAUAUUUAACCCAAAAAUGCCUAAGUUUAGAUAAUUUAAUCGAAUCAAGCGAGUCACAGUUUUUAUGGAUUUUAUUAAUAAAGAGACAUAUACGACGUUGGAUCUGAUAUGCUGGCAUGAAAUUAGAGAGCACAGAUGUAAGAGAGAAAAAGACAAAUAAAGAUAAUAGAGGUUUCCAUAUUUUUAAACGUGAGUAGGGGCCAUAGGGCUUCCUUCAACAGGCAACACCCAGAAGAAGCUGUUGAGAUCGAUUUCCCGUUUACCAGCUCCCAAGACAUUGGAUUUUCAGCUGAGAUUGCUGCUUUAACAUGAUGACCGAUUUAUGUUGAUAGUGAUCUUGGAGUAUUACCCACCUUAACAUCAACCUUAGACCACCACUAUGUGGAACUUUGCAUCCAAUUGUGUAGCUGGAAAUAUAGGGCUAAAGAAUGACUCUCUGAAGCGUAUUCAGCAUUCAGCAGAUAUAUCAGACGAUGAAACCUCUUCAAUAACCAGCAGGGAGGAGGGACUUGAGUGUCCAAUAUGCUGGGAAUCUUUUAACAUUGUUGAAAACGUACCCUAUGUUCUAUGGUGUGGCCAUACCCUUUGUAAAAACUGCAUCCUAGGACUACAAUGGGCCGUUGUGAAAUUUCCUACUUUGCCGCUCCAGCUUCCACUGUUUAUAGCUUGUCCCUGGUGCAGUAUGUUAUCCCUUCGUUUGGUUUAUAGAGGGAACCUUAAGUUUCCCCGUAAGAACUUCUUUCUUCUCUGGAUGCUUGAGAGUAUGAACGGUGACAGAACAAAGUCUCAUAAUUCAUCUUGUGGGGAUCAUCAUCAGACAGCCUGGCCAUCAUGUACAAAGUUCCUAGGAAGUACAGCAAGCCAGUCUAACCGACAAAGGGGACAGUAUGUUCAUCACCAAGAAUCAUCAGGCUCGAGCCAUGAUCACAAUCACAUCAAUGGUUCUCUUGCUAUUGAGAGACUUCAUUCUUCUCUGCGCAAGUCUCUUGUUUUCUUUGUUCAUUUGACAGCCAAGUUUCCUCUAGUAGUCGUAUUUCUCCUGAUCAUCAUGUAUGCUAUACCUGCCAGCGCCGCAAUCUUGGCCUUGUACAUGCUCGUCACCGUUGUGUUUGCUCUCCCAUCUUUUCUAAUUCUGUACUUUGCAUAUCCCAGUUUGGAUUGGUUGGUUCGAGAAAUCGUCACCUGAAAUGCUGUUUUUGUUCUUGAUCGUGUGGGACCAAAAAAUUGUGCUACGAAGCAGCAUAGUUGAGUGCAUCUUAAUUGAAUGCAUAAUUUGACGACAUUUCUGGCAUCAGUGCUCAUUGUAAAUUCUUUCAUGGUGUGAGAGGGAGAAAUGUUUCAAGUCAUUUUAGCAAAAAAUUAUCUCAUAUCUGUGUUUGGGUAUGCCAUAUGGCAAUUGUCAGGUUGUAAUUUGUUUUCUCCAUAGCAACCAUUCUCCAAUGUCGGAAACAAAUUGGUUCUAAUUAUGUUAAUACAUUUUGAUAAGGAGACUAGCUGUAUUUCCAUAGUAUCUGUAUCAUCAUUUGGGAACUACUGUCUGAAGAUCGGUGCCUGUUCUUUUGUAUGUAUGCUCAAAUGGAUGUCUGAGUUGUCCUCAGUUUCUCUUUGUUAUG